AAUAAAAAAGGAGGUAAAAGGAAAAGCACAAGCAGACCACGAAACCACCCGCCGUGCCGCCGGCGAAAAAACGAGACGGGAGAUGGCGCCGAAGGCGGAGGUGCGGCCGCGGCCGCUGCCGCGGCCGCUGAUGGUAGAGGCCAUCACUAGCUGCGUCGAGACGCCGUUUGGGGAGGCCCUCCGCCUACUCAAGCUCGACGUCCUCGGCACCGACGACUCCCCCAUCCCCAUCACCGGUUACUAUACUCCAUGCACACAUCCAAAAGUUUCGGGCUCCUUAAGGCUAUCCCCAGAAUCGUUAGUGCCACCAUCUGCCAAUUCCUUUGGCUCUAGGAACUAUUGUCCAGUCCCAGGGACCCUCAUAAACACGAAUAAUAUUCGGGGUUUCCAAAACCUAGAUGUGGAGUAUCUACUGAGAGAAGAAGCAAAGAAGAUCUUGCAUGACAUUAUGUCUGGUAAAAUAGAAGAGGGUCCUUCUCUGCUACUGAGGUUCCUUGUGAUAUCAUUCGCGGAUCUGAAGAAUUGGAAGAUCUAUUACAGUGUUGCAUUCCCCUCAUUGGUUUUCAAGUCUGAAAUGACUUUGCUCAGCUUGCGCAGUGCCUCACUGGUUCUUAGUCAAGAGAAGGCAAAAUCAUUGUCUAAGUCGCUGAAAGAGUGGCGUAGUUCAAAUGAAACAACAGUUCUUCCUUUUUUUUGGGUCGAUAUGUCCUCGGAUUCUUCUAUUGUUAUAAGGCAACUCAAGGACUGGAAAGAUUGCCAGGACAGUGGCCAAAAGCUCCUAUUUGGAUUUUAUGAUAAUGGUUAUCGUCAAGAUUACCCUGGCUGGGCUCUUAGAAACUACAUUGCAUUCCUGAGUCUGCGGUGGAAAAUGGAGAAGGUUCAGUUCUUAUGCUACCGAGAAAGAGGAUCGGAGCCUGAUCUAGAGAAGUCUCUUAUUGGCGAAGCAUCAUUUCCACCACCUCAUGGCUGGGAUGACUCUGAUUAUGUGCCUGCAGCUAUUGGAUGGGAAGGAGAAAAGCCUGGGGAUGGAAGGAAAGAAAAGAAACUGAAAGAAAUCAAUCUUGAAUCAAUGAGCCCAGAAAGGCGGGAUGAAGAACACCAACUAUUGCACUUGAAGCUUAUGGGAUGGCGGCAGUUCCCUGUUGAUUUGAAGAAGUUAUCUAGCUUUCGAUGUCUUCUGUUGGGUGCAGGAACUCUUGGAUGUGAAGUUUCUCGCUUACUCAUGACCUGGGGUGUACGGAAACUAACUGUGGUUGACGGUGGUCAUGUUUCAAUGUCUGAUGUACUCAAACAAUCACUGUACGUAGAUAAGGAUUGUGGUGUCCCAAGAGCCACUGCAAUAGUUCCACAUCUAAAAGAGAGAUGUCCUGCAGUGGACGUUGAAGCCAUCCAGAUGGAAAUACCAACGCCUGGGAAUCCGGUUUCUACAAGUGUGCUUGAUGAUUGUGAGCGUCUUCAAACAUUAGUAGCUUCUAGUAAUGUGGUCUUCUUGUUGACUGACACAUGGGAGAGCAGAUGGUUUCCAACUCUUUUGUGUGCAAACGAAAACAAGAUGGCCAUCACUGCAGCAUUAGGGUAUGACAGUUACUUUGUCAUGCGACAUGGUGCUGGCCCCGGAACUAGAAGUGGAAGUAUGGAUGACAUGAUUGCUCAGAUACAGAAUUUAUCCGCUGAAGAUGCUCUCGGUCGUCAAAGAUUGGGGUGCUGUUUCUGCAGCGAUACGACUUCCCUUGUCAAUUCAGUCUCUGAUGAAACAGUAGCACUACCUGGGCUGACCUCCAUCGUAUCCGGCAAAACAGUGGAGCUCUUUGCGAGGAUGUUACAUCAUCCAGAGGGGAUACAUGCUCCAGGAGAUAUGGCUGGUAUGGAUACUGAACAUCAGCUUGGUUUAUUGCCACACCAGAUGCGAGGAUCACUCCCGCGGUGUGUUUUAUCAACUGUGAUAAGCAAUUCCUCAAACGAUUGUACUGCGUGUUCCAAUAUUGUACUGUCUGAAUAUAGAAGAGAAGGGUUGAAUUUUGUCAUGCAAGCCAUUAACCAACCAACAUAUUUAAAGGACCUUACAGGCAUUUCUAAUUUGAUAAAGUCGGACACUUGUUUGAAAUUGCCACCCAGCUUCCCUGUAAAUUCUGGGAAGUUAUCUAGUGCUCGAUGUCUACUUUUAGGUGCUGGAACUCUUGGGUGUGAUGUUGCUCGUAUUCUUAUGGAUUAUGGUGUUCGGAAUCUAACAAUUGUUGACAGUGGUUGUGUUGUUGUGUCAAAUUUGGCAAGACAAUCACUUUACACAAAUAUAGACCGCAAGACCCCAAAAGCAAUAGCAAUACUGGAGCAUCUAAAAGAGAGAUGUUCAUCAGUGGAGGCUGAAGGAAUUCAAAUGGAAAUACCGAUGCCAGGGCACCCUGUAUCAUCUAAAGAAGCUGCUGGUGUGCUUAAAGCUUGCGAGCGUCUCCAGGAGUUAGUAGCUACCCAUGAUGCUGUCUUCUUGCUGACUGACACAAGGGAAAGUAGGUGGCUGCCAACUCUUCUCUGUGCGAACGAAAACAAGAUUGCUAUUACUGCAGCCCUAGGAUAUGAUAGCUAUCUUGCCAUGCGCCAUGGAGCUGGUCCAGGAACAGUUGCUGAAGGUUCAGAUAUGGUUGCUGCCAUGAGCAAGCUGUCUGCAGAAGAUGUUCUUGGGCGUCAAAGGCUAGGGUGCUAUUUCUGCAAUGACGUCAUCGCUCCUGUUGAUUCGGUCUCCAACAGAACACUGGACCAACAGUGUACAGUAACACGACCUGGACUGGCCUCCAUAGCAUCUGGCCAUGCUGCGGACCUCUUCACAAGACUGUUGAAUCAUCCAGAUGGGAUACAUGCUCCAGGGGAUAUCGCUGGCACGAACAGUGAGGGUCCGUCUGGUCUAUUGCCACACCAGAUACGAGGAUCAGUAUCGCAGUACAACUUAUUAACCCUGAUGGGCUAUUCCUCGAGCAGCUGUAUCGCAUGUUCCAAUGCGGUAGUGCGUGAAUACAGGAGUAGAGGAUUGGAUUUUGUGAUGCAGGUGAUCAAUGAACCCACCUAUCUGGAAGACCUGACGGGUCUGACCGAGUUGAUGAAAUCGGCGGAUUAUUCUCGAGUCGAGUGGGUAGAUGAAGCUGACGACGACGAGGAGUUUGCCGACAUGUGACUUUAUAUAUCGACCAAAACAGUGUAAAUAUCACUUCAUUCAGAGAUUGAUUGUUAGAGUUGCAUCCUUGAAAAUUGUUUCACACACUUUGUAAAUUCUUCGGAUAUUGAUUCAAACACUUUGUGAACACUUUGCAAUAUGUAAAUCCUUUGGAGAUUGAUUUGA